UGUGAUACGUGCUUCAGAUAUUUAGACGAGCGUUACACAUCAGUACAACGUCCUCAGAAGUUGUUUUCGUGUUAUGUGUUGUGUCUGUGAUUCAGUAUGUGUUUUAUUUACUUGUCUCAAUCUAUGCUCCUCCUGAGAACGACAAGCAGCAGUUGGCGUCGGUCGCUUGACUGGAACAGGUGGUGCGGAAACAUGGCUAACAGAAACCCACAGAUCAAAUAUACCAAGUUAUUCAUCAACAAUGAGUUUGUGGACUCUGCUUCUGGAAAGACAUUCCCUACUUUGAAUCCAACAAAUGAGAAAAAAAUAGCAGACAUUGCAGAAGCUGACAAGGCUGAUGUUGAUCAUGCUGUUGCAGCAGCCAAUGCAGCAUUCAAGAUUGGUUCAGAAUGGAGAAAGCUGGAUGCAUCAACUCGUGGAAAACUUAUAAACAAGUUGGCCACUUUAAUUGAGAGGGAUGUUGAAUACAUUGCCAGUCUGGAGACACUAGACAAUGGAAAACCAUAUGGGGAUUCUGUGUUUGACAUUGGUUGUGCCGUCGACACUUUCCGCUACUAUGCUGGUUGGUGUGAUAAGAUUCAUGGUAAUACCAUUCCUGCAGAUUUUGAACUGUUCAGCCUGACACGCAAAGAACCAGUUGGUGUAGUGGGGCAGAUCGUCCCCUGGAACUACCCCAUUCUGAUGCUGUCUUGGAAAUGGGGUCCAGCACUUGCUACUGGAUGUACCAUUAUUUUUAAACCUGCAGAACAGACACCUCUUACUGCUCUUUAUGUUGCUGCCCUCGGCAAAGAGGCUGGUUUUCCAGCAGGUGUCAUAAAUGUCCUGACGGGCUAUGGGCCAACUGCAGGUGCUGCCAUUGCAUCCCAUUCAGACAUCAACAAAGUUGCAUUCACUGGUUCCACACAGGUUGGACGGCUGAUCUUGGCAGCUGCAGCAAAUUCUAACUUGAAACGAGUCUCACUGGAGUUAGGAGGAAAAAGCCCUUUGGUUAUAUGUUCUGAUGCAGAUGUGGAUGAAGCAGUGGAAAUUGCACAUGGAGCCAUAUUUAACAACCAUGGUCAGAACUGCUGUGCUGGCUCCAGAACCUUUGUGCAGGAAGAGGUGUAUGACGAGUUCGUGAAAAAGGCUGUAGCUAAGGGGACAAGUAGGAAAGUUGGUGACCCAUUCGCUGAUGGCAUUCAGCAAGGUCCACAGGUGGACGAUGAGAUGUUCAACAGAGUUUUGUCAUUAAUUGAGUCUGGGAAAGCUGAAGGAGCCAAAUUGGACUGUGGCGGUGGUCGGUGGGGUAAAGAGGGCUAUUUCAUUCAACCCACUGUCUUCUCCAAUGUCACUGACAAUAUGAGAAUUGCCAAAGAAGAGAUCUUUGGUCCUGUGCAAUGUAUAAUCAAGUUUAAAACUCUUGAGGAAGUGAUAGAGCGGGCAAAUGAUACUAGUUAUGGGCUGGCAGCUGGAAUUGUUACCAGGGACAUCAAUAAAGCCCUGAUAUUUGCUCAGUCUGUUAAAGCUGGCUCAGUGUGGGUGAACUGUUAUGAUGCAGUUGUGCCACAAGUUCCAUUUGGUGGCUACAAGCAGUCAGGUUUUGGGAGAGAGUUAGGAGAAGAUUCCUUGAAGGAGUACCUUGAAGUGAAGUCUGUGACCAUAAAGAUGCCUUACAAGAUCUGAACAGGUUGCAGUCAUGCAAGAGUUGGGUUAUUGCAGCCAGCUGUGAAUUGAACAGAAAUUUAUUUUAAUGUUUUUAAAGGUGAAUUGGUUAAUUUCUCUUCUCUGGUGAUGGUGUUUGUUUCAUGUCUCACUGUUGCCUUUUUACAAGUAUGAAAUAAAUAUUUGUUACUCAUCGCUUU